UUGGAGAAGCGAUUGGCUAGAGGUGAGAUCAAAGAGAUCAAAGAAUUAAUUCAUUGGAUGCUGCGUGUCGCGAACACGACAUAGUAUUCACACAGCAACGAUCUCGCUAAACAACACGCGGCUGACAAUAUACUCGCUGAGAAGGCGCGGAAACGCAUUACCGCGAGAUUCGACUUUCAGAGAGAGAGCCGCAGCCACAGCAGUUUGGGCAGCUAUGAAGAUUGGUAUGGGCUUGAAACCGACAAAAAAGAAGAAGAGCAAGCGAAUACUUCUGACGGCGAAACGUGAUGGCGUCCUGCUUGUUCUACCGCUGCUCGGCAUUGUCAGGUCAUGGGUCAACGGCGCAGUGGGAGUCGCCAAGGCAGAAAUUAAAUGAUAACAAAGCGAUGCAGCGUCAGCUGGAUGAACUGCAACGUCAUAGUCGCAUUAUCCACGGCGUUUAUCUCGCUCCCUACAAGGACAAGAGGCAUCUUUAUGCGUACUACACUAUCGAAGGAAUACAUCAAAACGAGAGCGGUGUCUGGACAAUGUCGAGGGAUACGAUGUUUACACUAUUUUAGUUCGAAUGCAAAACUGGAGAACCACGCAAUAGACUGCGAAAAAUUAAACAACUGUGCCAUCAGAUUACCGAGCAAAGACGACAAGUGGUUGAGCUUCGGCAAUUACAUCAGGAAGGAACGUAUCCCGUUCGUAGUCUACACCGACUUGAAUGCAUCUUGGAGAAGACGGAGAGGGAUAUCGAAACGUCCAGCUACACGUACCAGCAUCAUCGGAUAUUUAGUUUAGCAUUAUGUCCUGUUCGUACGAUUCGUUGUGUAUAUAUAAGUUUCGUCGCGGUAACGAUUGCGUUGCGUGAUUCGCCGAGGAACUUAAAAACUUAGCGUAUAAAAUAAAGACUUCUCUUGUCCACUAACAUUCCCAUGGCAGAUUUUACGCGAGAUGAUAUGAUAAAUUUUAACAACGCUACGCACUACCACGUGUGUGAAAAAUUGUUUGCACCGGAUGACACGUGGGUACGCGAUCAUUGCCACUUGAUCGGGCGAUGCAGAGGUCCUGCGCAUUCAAAUUGCAACUUGAAUUACAAAGAUUCAUGUUGCAUUCCUAUAAUUUUUCAUAAUUUAUCGGGAUACGACGCGCAUUUUAUUAUCAAGGAUGUAGCUAUCGCGUAUAUAUAAAG